AUGGAUUCCGACCAUCAAACGCUGGAGGCGCAAAAUCACCACCCGGAGCAAUCGACCUACCAAACGAGCACGGUGACUAGCUCCAGCACCAUGUCUGAAUCCAAUUUUCACAGCACCGAGCAAUCCAACUUGAGCAACGUCAGGGAGUCCGCCAAUGAAUCCUAUCACGAGGAAUCCAACGAAAAUGAAGUCGCCGAGCCAGUUAUCCUGAGCCCAUCAUCCACUCUGUCUUCGCAGGGUACUGCCAAUGGCGGGUGGGGCGAGCAAAAGGGGGAAUCCGUCUCCCGUCGCGGCGCAAUGGAAGAUAUUGAAGACAUGCGCCGGGAAUUGACCCGCCUCAGUCUGCAUCGCACCCGCUCCGCUACUGCCAAGAGCGUGAAGCGCCUCAAGUCCCGUGCCAGCCAGCGCCACGAUGAAGAAAAGCGCAUCGAAGAUGAAGCCGACUCUGAAGAUCACGGCUUCGACCUGGGCGAGUUCCUGAUUGGCGGACAUUUGGAGCGCCGCACUACCGCUGGCGAGCCCGCUAAGAAGGUCGGCGUUGUUUUCAAAAACCUAACUGUGAUGGGUGUGCAGACCGGCGCAUCGUUUGUGCGCACUCUGCCCCAUGCGGUGGUGGGUACAUUCGGUCCCGAUCUUUACAACGUCGUCUGCCGUUUUGUGCCGCAACUGCGCUUCGGCAAGAAGCCUCCGGUUCGCGAGUUGAUUAACGAUUUCAGUGGAUCCGUGCGUGAGGGAGAGAUGAUGCUGGUGCUGGGUCGUCCCGGUGCUGGAUGUACAACUUUCCUCAAAGCGAUUGCCAAUGAUCGCGAGGCUUUCGCUGGUGUGAAUGGCGAGGUCAGAUAUGGUGGUAUGUCUGCCGAGGAUCAGAACCGUCAUUUCCGUGGCGAAGUCAACUACAACCCCGAAGACGAUCAACACUUCCCGUCUCUUACGGUGUGGCAGACCUUGAAGUUCUCACUCAUCAACAAGACUCGCAAGCAUGAUCGCGAUAGCAUUCCAAUUAUCAUCGAUGCGCUGCUGAAGAUGUUCGGUAUCAGUCACACAAAGAACACUUUGGUUGGUAACGAGUAUGUUCGUGGUGUCUCUGGUGGUGAGAGAAAGCGUGUCAGUAUCGCAGAGACUCUAGCAACCAAGUCCACCGUUGUCUGUUGGGAUAACUCGACCCGUGGUCUGGAUGCCAGCACUGCUCUGGACUAUGCCAAAUCGCUCCGUAUCAUGACUGAUGUCAGCAAGCGCACUACCCUCGUUACCCUCUACCAAGCAGGAGAGAGCAUCUACGAGCUCAUGGACAAGGUGAUGGUUAUAGACGAAGGCCGCAUGCUCUACCAGGGCCCUGCCAACAAAGCGCGCCAGUACUUCUUCGAUCUUGGAUUCUACUGCCAGGACCAGGUGACCACUGCCGAUUUCCUGACCUCUGUCUGCGACGUCAAUGCCCGUGAAUUCCAGCCCGGUCGCGAAGCUUCCACCCCCAAGACAGCUGAGGAACUUGAGCGUGUGUUCAAGAGUAGCGAUGCCUACAAGCAGAUUUUGGAUAAUGUCAGCACCUACGAAAAGCAGCUCGAGGAGACCCAGCAAGAGGACACCCGCCGCUUCGAGAGCAGUGUUGCUCAGUCCAAGAGUAAGACUGUCUCCAAGAAGUCUCCUUACACGGUCUCUCUAGCUCGACAGGUCGCUGCCUGCGUCCAGCGCGAGUUCUGGCUCCUGUUUGGUGACAAGACCUCCCUCUACACCAAGUACUUCAUCAUCAUCUCCAACGGUCUCAUUGUCUCAUCUCUGUUCUACGGUGAAGCGAUGGACACCAGCGGCGCCUUCUCGCGCGGCGGUGCCCUCUUCUUCUCUAUUCUGUUCCUUGGUUGGUUGCAAUUGACUGAGCUCAUGCCCGCUGUCAGUGGCAGAGGAAUUGUCGCCCGUCAUAAGGAUUACGCCUUCUAUCGCCCGUCCGCCGUUUCAAUCGCUCGUGUGGUUGUCGAUUUCCCCGCAAUUUUGUGCAUGGUCGUUCCGUUCUGUAUCAUUGUGUACUUCAUGGCUGGUUUGGAUGUGACUGCCUCGCAGUUCUUCAUCUACUUCCUGUUCGUUUACACAACCACUUUCUGUAUUACGUCCAUGUACCGAAUGUUUGCGGCUCUUUCGCCAACGAUUGAUGACGCUGUCCGCUUUGCUGGUAUCGCGCUUAACCUUCUCAUUCUAUACGUGGGUUACGUGAUUCCCAAGCAAACACUCAUAGAUAGCUCAAUCUGGUUCGGAUGGUUGUUCUAUGUGAACCCGAUCUCAUACGCUUAUGAGGCUGUCUUGACCAACGAGUUCUCUGGUCGUACUAUGGAGUGCGCAGCCUCUCAGCUUGUACCUUCUGGAGCUGGAGCCGUCACAGGGCACCAGGGCUGUGCAUUGACUGGUUCAUCUGUUGACCAGACUUCCGUGCCCGGCACCCAAUACCUGACAGCAAACUUUGAGUUCACCCGUUCCCACCUGUGGCGCAACUUUGGUGUUGUCAUCGCCUUCACUGUUCUCUACAUCCUGGUCACCAUUUGGGCCGCUGAGUUCCUCUCCUUUGUGGGUGGUGGCGGCGGUGCCCUGGUCUUCAAGAAGUCUAAGCGCUCUAAGCAAAUUGCUGCUCAGACCACUGCCGGCACCGACGAGGAGAAGGUUGGCAAGGCUAGCGACGAUGCUGCUUUGGCCCGUGGUGAAGCCUCGUCAGGUUCUGAAGAUGGUGCGUUCAACCGAUUGUCCUCCAGUGAGCGGUGCUUCACCUGGUCGGACGUGGAAUACACUGUCCCAUAUGGAAAUGGAACCCGAAAGCUUCUGAACAACGUCAACGGAUACGCUAAGCCUGGUGUCAUGAUCGCUUUGAUGGGUGCCUCCGGUGCUGGAAAGACCACACUGCUGAACACUCUGGCUCAGCGCCAGAAGAUGGGUAUUGUCAAGGGUGACAUGCUUGUUGAUGGUCACCCGCUUGGACCUGAUUUCCAACGUGGCACUGGAUUCUGUGAGCAGAUGGAUUUGCACGACAACACCUCUACCAUUCGCGAAGCAUUCGAGUUCUCGGCCAUUCUGCGUCAAGAUCGGGAAACACCCCGCGAAGAGAAGAUCGAGUAUGUUGACCGGAUCAUCAAUCUUUUGGAAUUGGAAGACAUCGAGGAUGCUAUCAUCGGCUCUUUGAAUGUUGAGCAGAAGAAGCGUGUCACAAUCGGUGUUGAACUUGCCGCGAAGCCCAGUCUUCUUUUGUUCCUGGAUGAGCCCACCUCGGGUCUCGACAGCCAGGCCGCAUACUCCAUUGUUCGUUUCUUGAAGAAGCUCUCCCAGGCCGGCCAAGCCAUUGUCUGCACCAUCCACCAGCCUUCCUCGAUGUUGAUUCAGCAAUUCGAUAUGAUCCUCGCCCUCAACCCUGGUGGCAACACCUUCUACUUCGGACCCGUCGGAAAGGAGGGUGCCUCAGUCGUCAAAUACUUCGCCGACCGCGGAUUUGUCUGCCCCCCGUCCAAGAAUGUCGCCGAGUUCAUCCUCGAGACCGCAGCCAAGGCCACCGAGCGAAACGGCAAACAAAUCGACUGGAACGAAGAAUGGCGCAACUCAGAGGAAAACCGCGAGGUUCUCACCGAGAUCCAGCGCAUCCGAACAGAGCGCAGCAAGAUCCCCGUCAACGAGUCCGGCAGCACGCACUACGAGUUCGCCGCCCCAACCAUCGUCCAAACCGAGCUCCUAAUCAAGCGUCUCUUCAUCAACUACUGGCGCGACCCAUCCUACUACUACGGCAAACUCUUCGUCAGCGUCAUCAUCGGAAUCUUCAACGGCUUCACCUUCUGGAUGCUCCCCAACACAGUAGCAAGCAUGCAAGACCGCAUGUUCUCCACCUUCCUCAUCAUCCUUAUCCCCCCAAUCGUCAUGAACUCCGUCGUCCCCAAGUUCUACAUCAACCGCGCCCUCUGGGAAGCCCGCGAAUACCCAUCCCGCAUCUACGGCUGGGUCGCCUUCUGCACCGCCAACAUCGUCUGCGAGAUCCCCGCCGCCAUCGUCACAGGCCUCGUCUACUGGGUCCUCUGGUACUACCCCGUCGGCCUACCCACCGACUCCUCAAGCGCAGGCUACGUCUUCCUCAUGUCGAUGCUCUUCUUCCUCUUCCAAGCCUCCUGGGGCCAAUGGAUCUGCGCCUUCGCCCCAUCCUUCACCGUGAUCUCCAACGUCCUCCCCUUCUUCUUCGUAAUGGUCAACCUGUUCAACGGAAUCGUCCGCCCCUACGCAGACUACCCCGUCUUCUGGAAAUACUGGAUGUACUACGUCAACCCGGUAACCUGGUGGCUGCGCGGCGUCCUCUCCGCCGUCCUGCCCUCCGUCACAAUCCAGUGCGCAGAAGGCGAAACAACAAAGUUCACCCCGCCGUCCGGCAUGACAUGCGGCGAGUACGCAGGCGACUACGUGAAGAACAUCGCCGGCAUCGGCUACCUGGUCGACUCGUCCUCGACCUCCGAGUGCCAGUACUGCCCGUACAGCAGCGGAGCGGAGUACAUGGCCGAGCUGAACGUGCACGCGGACGACAAGUGGCGGUGCUUCGGAAUCUUCCUGGCUUUCGUCAUCAUCAACUGGUUCCUGGUCUACUUCUUUAUCUACUCUGUUCGUGUGCGGGGCUGGAGCUUUGGAUUCGGCUAUGUCUUCGGUCUGGGUGGGAUGCUGGUUGAGGGCGUGAAGCGCGUGUUCCAGCCGAAGAAGAAGGAGAUUCAGCAGUGA